CAACGACUGUGCUUUGGAAAUAUUAGUCUGCGAAACCGAGCCCAGCAAACAUGAGGUUUGAGGAUAUUUUACUAAUUCUAGGCGAAUUUGGCAAGUAUCAGAAACUACAGUUCUUACUUGUUGGGUUGGCUUCAAUGUGCACGGCCUGGCAUGGUCUCGCCAACACCUUUCUUAGCGCGUCAUCUGACCACUAUUGUCGAGUGCACGAAAACCAGACAUACCAAGAACACUCCCCGCUGAAGAACUGCACCAUCCCGUACGAGAUUGAGGAUUCUAAUGUAGAAUGGUCAAAAUGUGAUCGUUACAACGUAUCUGGCAGGGACUGUGCUAAUCAAGACAUUAUAGAGUGUGAUAAUGGAUGGGUAUAUGACUACAGCACUUAUGAGAGAACAGUUGUACAUGACAUUUGGACGUAGACCGCUAUUUUUCUUCAGCCUGUGCUUCGCCAUCUUUGUAUCUAUCAUUAUGGCAUUCUCACCAGUCUAUGCUGUGUUCGCUUUAUGUCAGUUUCUAAUUGGAAUUGCAGUAACUGGUAUAUAUGUUGUUGGAUUUGUCAUUGGUGAGUU